AUGGGAUUCCGUAUCACCACGUGGAAUGUAAAUGGUAUCCGGAAUCCAUUCUCCUACGAGCCAUGGAGAGGGACGCGCACGUUCGAGUCUGCCAAGUCCAUGUUUGAUAUCUUGGAAUCGGAUAUUGUCGUUCUACAAGAGACCAAGAUUCAGCGCAAGGAUCUCCGCGAUGACAUGGUCUUGGUGCCAGGUUGGGACUGCUACUUCAGCCUACCGCGUGUCAAGAAAGGAUAUUCCGGUGUUGUGAUAUACACGCGCAAUGCCACAUGUGCUCCCGUCCGGGCCGAAGAAGGCAUCACUGGAGUUCUCUGCCCUCCAAACUCGGCAGUAUCAUUCUGUGAUCUUCCAAAAGGGCAGCAAAUUGGUGGAUACCCCACAGCUGAGCAGCUUUCCAGGAUCACGGUGGAUUCUGAAGAGCUUGAUUCCGAAGACGAGCAAGAUGACCCCAAUCCGAGGCCUAAAGCCAAAAUCGAUGCAGCCACUCUUGACUCCGAAGGCCGCUGUGUGAUCCUGGAGUUUCCUGCCUUUGUUCUCAUUGGUGUCUAUUGUCCAGCAUAUCGAGACGAAAGUCGAGAUACCUUUCGCAUGGAUUUUCUCAAUGCCUUGGAUUCUCGGGUUCGCAACCUGACAGCGAUGGGGAAACGGGUGAUCGUGACUGGGGAUAUCAACAUUGCAAAACAUGGAAUCGAUGCCGCGCAUGCGAUGGAGGCUAUACGGAAAGGCACAACUUCGGAGGAGGAGUUCAUAUCUGGCCCUUCUCGGCGUCUUUUCAAUCACCUGCUAUCCGACGGUGUCAUUGUCGGUGAACGCGACAGCGGCAGGGAAGAGCCGGUUCUCUUCGAUAUCUGCAGGUCGUUUCAUCCAGAUCGUACUGGUAUGUAUACGUGCUGGGACCAGAAACUCAAUACUCGGCCAGGCAACUAUGGUUCAAGGAUCGACUAUGUGCUUUGCAGCUUGAAUAUGCAAGACUGGUUUUCUGGAUCCAAUAUCCAGGAAGGUUUGAUGGGAUCGGACCACUGCCCUGUUUUUGCUGAUUUCAAAGACUGCGUGUCGCAACCGAAGGGUCUGGUGAACAUCAGGGAUAUUAUGAAUCCACCGGGAAUGUUCAAAAAUGGCGAGCGUCAACAGGAAUAUUCGGCCAAAUUCGCAUUGCCUGCGUCAGGGCGUCUACUUCCGGAAUUUGACGUUAAUAAACGCCGAAGUAUCAAGGAUAUGUUUGCUCGAAAACCGGCCAGUGAACCAUCGAAGCCUGUGCAACCAACCGUGGCAGUGUCUACGGAAUCCGAGACUCAGGCUUCUGAAUCACCAGCCACGACUACAACAUCUCAAUCUAGUGAAAUCAUCCAAGACUUUUCUGCACCUGUCAAAGUCGAAACACAAUUGGCUCACACUGCUUCUCGGAAGCGCUCACAGCCUCUCUCAGCCUCCCUAGCGAAACGCAGCAAGUCCUCUGCAACGGCGUCCCCGGGGGCCACCACAGCCGGCCAAAAGUCAUUGAUGGGGUUCUUCAAGCCAAAAGCCGUGAACUGCGCCGAAUCUACUCGGCCCUCGAUAUCAGUCCCAGUCUCAGGGGCUUCCUUUGAUACCCAAACACCGUCUUCAUCGCAGGAGAGACUGGCAGCUACAGAGCUCGAAUCGCAACCCUCGGAAUUACAUCCAUACAGCUCCUUAUCCCAGUCACCCAAGUCCAACAAGCUCACGGACAGCGAUACAAUUAUUGACCCAAUUGUCAGCAAGGAGGACUGGUCGAAGCUCUUUACCAAGAAGCCCGUCCCACCAUGCGAUGGACACCAGGAGCCUUGCAUCAGCCUGACAACUAAAAAACCUGGAAUGAAUCGUGGACGCUCAUUCUGGAUUUGCCGUCGGCCACUGGGCCCUAGUGGAGAAAAAGAGAAAGGUACACAGUGGCGGUGUCCUACGUUCAUCUGGGCUAGUGAUUGGAACCCGUCUGCUACAACGCUGGAGUAA